AUGGGAAAAGUGCAAAAUGAACGAAAAAAACUUGAAGAAGAAGUGAAACAAUUUAAAGACAAACAAAAUAAAUUAAAACAAAUAAAAACUGGAAUUCAUACUGUUAAUUAUGAAAAAAUUUCAUCACAAUUAGUAGAUAAUUAUUUAUUACCAAAUCAUAAUUUACUUUUAUAUUAUCUUAAAAAUUUAUCAACAAAAAUGAAUCCACAAUCUACUAAUUAUCCACCACAAAUAAUAUUUGAAAAAAAUCAAACUAUGUAUACAAUAGCUGUUACUGGUUUUCAAUAUCAUCAUGAUCAAUUUAAAAUUAUUUUGCAAAGAAUUCAAUCUGUAAAUAAUUCAAUGCAAUCAGCUAAAGAUUAUUAUCAACAACAUUUAAAUAGAAUUAUUAGAUCUUUAAUGAUAACAUUUUUACAAGUUCAAUCAAAAACACGUUAUUGGCUUUUAUAUAAGAAUAUAUUUUCAAAUAAUAUAAAAGAAAAAAUAAAAGAAUAUGUCAGUAUGUUUAAUAUAUCUAUUGAAGAACAAAUAAAAACAUUAAUUGAACAAUGUAUUUCUAGUUAUCAAUUGAAACAUCUUGAAUUAAUACCACCUUUAUUACAACGAAUUAUCAUUUAUUAUUGUUGUUUUACACUACAAUUACCUUUAUUCGAAUCAACUAAAGAUCUAAUAGAUAAAAUAGAAAAGAAUACAAUAAUAACUAUUACGACACCAACUGGAUCAGGUCAUGGUGCAUAUUUUGCUGAUAAUCCACAAAAAUCACAUAAGUAUACAAAGGCAGAUGAAAAUGAUCAAACACGUGUUAUAUUUUAUGCUAAAGUUCUCUUAGGUAUUCCUUCGGUACAAAAUAAAGAUAAUUCAAACUUGACUUCAGCAUCUAUUGGAUCUCAUUCAGUUCAAGGAACAGGAGAUGAUGAUGAAGAAUAUAUCGUGUAUCGCUAUGGUCAAGCUUUACAUUAUUUAAAAAUAAUCUAUAAAAUAAUAGAUGUGUAA